AUGGCUGCAGAAAACCACUCCGCAGUGACAGAGUUCAUUCUUGGAGGUUUAACAAAUCGACCAGAGCUCCAGCUCCCCCUCUUCUUCCUCUUCCUUGGGAUCUACUCUGUCACCAUGGUAGGGAACCUGGGCGUGAUAACACUAAUUUGUCUGAACGCUCAUCUUCACACCCCCAUGUACUAUUUCCUCAGUAGUCUGUCCUUCGUGGAUCUCUGCUACUCCUCUGUCAUCACCCCUAAGAUGCUGGCGAACUUUGUGUCAGAGAAGAACAUCAUCUCCUAUGCAGGGUGCAUGUCACAGCUCUACUUCUUCCUGGUGUUUGUCAUUGCUGAGUGUUACAUGCUGACAGUGAUGGCCUAUGACCGCUAUGUUGCCAUCUGCAGACCUUUGCUUUACAACAUCAUCAUGUCUCAAGGAGUCUGCUCCCUGCUGGUGGCUGGGGUCUAUGCCAUAGGAUUCAUUGGGGCUGUGGCCCACACAGGAAGCAUAGCAAGUCUGAUCUUCUGUGCUGACAACCUCAUCAAUCAUUUCAUGUGUGACAUUCCUCCUCUCCUUGAGCUAGCUUGCAACAGGUUUUAUGUGCACGAACUGGUGGUGUUCAUAGUUGUGACCACUGUUAUGGGAAUUGUCACUGUCACCAUCUCCAUCUCUUAUGCUCUAAUCCUCUCCAGCAUCCUCCGCAUUCACUCCACUGAGGGCAGGUCCAAAGCUUUCAGUACAUGCAGCUCCCACAUAAUUGUGGUUUUCCUUUUCUUUGGUUCUGGGGCUUUUGUGUAUCUCAGACCACCUUCUGUUUUGCCCCUUGACCAAGGGAAAGUGUCCUCCCUGUUCUACACCGUUGUGGUGCCCAUGUUAAACCCACUGAUUUACAGUUUGAGGAACAAGGAUGUCAAAGCUGCCCUGAGGAAAACCUUGGGGAAAAUUAACUUCUUGAGAAAGGAGUAA